AUGGAUCAUAGGUCCAAGGAUUCGAUGAGAAUGAAGAAGAGACGUAAAGUGUUCAAAUAUAUAAAGUUUGGUUUUGGUUUUGCAUUGUCGAGAAAUAUCAGAAGAAGGAAGAGGCAAAACAAAAUGUCUAGAAAGGAGGAGACGCCUAGAGGCUGGUCCAAGCUUUGUCCCGAUGUCCUGCGAAAGAUCAUGCAAACAUUGAGCCCUAUUGAUUCUCACAUGGCAAAACUCGUUUGCCUAGAUUGGUUUUCCGUGUGGAAAACAUGCGCUAAUCGGCUGCCGUGUCCGUUACGGAUCAUACACCAUGGUGGAUCUCCCGAUGAAGACAAGUUUUACAUGAGAAAAACUUACACGAGCUAUUAUGGUACUCGUAACCGCGUCUCCUACGAUUACAAGACAAAUCUCGCAAGCAACUUCGAGGGGAAACAUUGUAUGGCUAGCUGCGGGAGUUGGCUCCUGAUGGUUGAAUAUUGUUCACAUUUCCAUCUUUUGAACCUUUUCACGCUCAAAAGGAUCGAGCUUCCAUCGAUUGAAUCGAGAAUCGGUAGUUGGAAUUGGAAGAACUCAGCUCUUGUUUGGAUAAACGAGACAACAGGAGAUUAUGUCGUCGCUUUUCUUGUCAGUCAGCACAAGUUGUUCUCACACAAGAAAGGAAGUCGUUCUUGGUGGAGUCUGGAACCUUCAGGCCCCGAUUCUGGUUUUCUUGAUGUGGCUUACAAGAACAGCAAGCUUUACGUGUUGACAACUGAUCAACACAUCAAGACUUUCGAUUUCUCUGGAGUUUCUCCUAGAGAAGAAAACCGGUAUCGGAAUCUUGUUUUUCGAUUCGAUGAGCAACCGUGGGAAUACAUUUGGAAGAGGAAGAUAGCGAUUGAUGAAUCAGGAAAGGUUCUGCUCAUCUUGAGCUUAAAAGAAGUGAAUUAUGAUGAAGAGAAGCUUUUGUUUUACGUGUUUAAGUUGAAUGUUGAGAGAUGCAAGUGGGAAAGAGUAUACUCUAUUGGUGAUAAUGAGAUGUUGAUUUUUGGCCAUGGUGUUACGGUAAGAGCACCGGUUCAAGAUUGUUUUGGUGAUGGAACCAAGAGUGGUUUAAUCCAUUUCGUUGAAGAUGAUGUUUGGCCAGAUAGUCAAGAGCAUGAAGAUCGUUCUUCAGAUUACGGUGUCUUCGAUAUUGCUACAAGUAGAUUCGAAUGGACUAAGAAAUCUUGUUUUUAUAUAAAUGAAACUCAGUGGUUUGUUCCAGGAGUUGAUUAUUAA